AAACACCUGAUGGAGCAUUACAGGGAAUCUUGACAUGUUCGGUCCCAUCUCAAGAUCUCGCACCCUAACAAACGUAUCCAUUGCUUUUGCCUUCACUCUUAUAAUUUCCAGAAAAUCCUCUCUCCAAUCCCCACUCAUUAAUAAAAGCAGUAUGGAUGAGAUUUUCUUCCAGUUUUCCUCCAAUUCCGACCCUCAAAACACACUCCCACAAGAUGAAACUUUGGAUCUUGUUGCCAUGGCUGGCAGCAGUAGUAAUAGAGGCCGGCAAAGAAGAUUAAUGGCUAGUGAGAGGAGAGAAAAUGGUAAGGACGAUGAUGAGAGGAAGUCGAUGCAUAGGGAUAUUGAGAGGCAAAGAAGGCAAGAAAUGUCCACUCUUUAUGCUUCUCUCCGAACCCUUCUCCCUCUCGAGUACAUCAAGGGUUACUUUUCAUGGUGCUUUCAGGGGAAGCGUGCGAUAUCAGAUCAUAUGAGCGGAGCAAUAAGCUACAUAAAGGACCUGCAGAAGAGGAUCGAUGAACUGAUUGCCAGGAGAGACGAGCUAAAGGAAGUAUCGGUCGAUUUGAGUGGUUUUCGCCGGGGGACGACCGGUUCUAAUGAGGCUUUCCCGAGCAGCGUCGUGGUUCGCCGAUCUUUGGACGACGGCGUUGAAGUUGUGGUCAGCACCGGUGUUGUUGCUCAAGCUUUGACCCUCUCCAGGGUGCUACAACUACUGCUCGAGGAAGGGCUUGAUGUUGUCCACAGUAUCUCUACCAAGAUCGACGGAGGACUGAUUCACACCAUAAACCUUGAGGUUAGUGAUCUGAGAGUCGUCGAUGUGCCUUACCUGGAGCAGAAACUGAAUGAAGAAAUUCCAUCCUUCACUAAAACUACCUAGCUAACAUUAAACCAUGUCAUCUUCUUUAAUGGAGAGUUUU